CUUUGUGGCAGAAGAGGCACGUAUUGCAUGUAAUCCUGUUUCCUCUCUACAUGCUUUAAAGCAUGCAGAUGAAAGGUUAGGAAAGGAGCAAAAACAUUUCAAAGCCAGUGCUCUGAUGCAAAAUGUUAAACCCAUUGCAAAGAACUUUAAUGCAUUGGAAAGAGAAACCAGUACCAAACUCAACCCUUCUGCUACUCGAGAUAAAAGACAACUAGAAUGUAUCUGCUGUCAGCAAAAUCACUUCAUAUACAAAUGUGAAAAGUUUGCGGCAAUGCCUCUUGAGGAGAAGAAAAGGUUUGUCAUCAACAACAAGAUGUGCUUUGGUUGUCUGAGAGUCGGCCAUAUCUCCAAAAACUGUAGAAAGCGAGCAACUUGCAACAUCUGCAGGCAAAGUCAUCCCUCUCCACUUCAUGAAGAACGUUUACAAGGAGGAAAACCAGAAGCUUCAUCUGACGAAAGGGCUUCCAUUAGCUUAUGUAGUGUGGGAAUGGACAACUAUAAUCGCACUUCAAUGAUAGUUCCAGUAUGGCUCUCUUGUGCAACAAAGGACAGCCCAGAAAUUCUAGUCUACGCAUUGCUGGACACGCAGAGCAGUAAUACAUUCAUCAAUCAGGACAUCUGCGACAAACUUCAAGUACAUACAGAACCUGUGAAAUUAAAGCUGUCCACAAUGACUGAUCGAGCUACGAUAGAGGAUUGUCAGAGAGUAGAUGGACUAAGAGUGAGAGGCUAUAGUUUGCAAGAGUACAUUGAGUUGCCACCAGUUUACACUCAAGACUACAUUCCCUUGGAACGAGAUAGCAUUCCUACUUGCAAAAAAGCUCAGAAAUGGACCCACCUGCUCAGUGUUGCAGACAAAAUGCCAGAUCUAUUGGAUUGUCCUGUAGGGCUUCUAAUUGGCUAUGAUUGUCCAAGAGCUCUAAAGCCAACCCAAGUGAUAUCAGGGAAUGAAAACGAGCCUUACGCAGUCAAAACAGACUUAGGCUGGAGUAUAGUGGGAUCCAUAGCUCCCAAUAGUUGCUCUAGAGAUGUAACAGGGUUCUGUCAUCGCAUAUUGGUGAAGGAACUCCCAGCUAUAACACCUGCCUCUAUAAUCAGGACAUUAGAAGCUGACUUCCGGGAUACAGAUUCAAAAGAGAGGACAAUAUCUCAGGAGGACAUUCAAUUUCUUCAACAGUUGGAUGAAAGGGUUCAACACAACAGAGAAGGACAUGUGGAAAUGCCCUUACCUUUCAGAAAGCGUCCUCAGUUGCCGAACAAUAAGAAGCUUGCUGUGGUUCGUUUGAGAUAUUUGAAAAGGAAAAUGGAGAGAAGUCCUAAGUACAGAAAGGACUAUGUGAGAUUUAUGGACAGUGUCUUUAGAGAUGGAGAUGCUGAAGAAGCAACUACCACUGGAAAAGAAGACAGUACAUGGUACAUCCCACACCACGGGGUGUACCACCCAAGAAAACCAGAGAAAAUAAGAGUGGUAUUUGACUGCUCAGCCAAAUUUGAAGGCACAUCUCUAAAUGACCACUUACUCACAGGGCCAGACUUAACAAAUACUCUGACUGGAGUGCUGUGUAGAUUUCGUGAGCAUCAGAUUGCUAUUGUUUGCGAUGUGGAGAAGAUGUUCCAUCGCUUUCAUGUCAAUCUAGAUGAUCGUGAUUUCCUGAGAUUCCUAUGGUGGGAAGAAGGGAACACUGAAAAGGAACCCAAGGAAUAUUGCAUGCGAGUUCACAUUUUUGGAGCAGCAUCCUCUCCAGGGUGUGCGAACUAUGGCAUGAAAUAUCUAGCCAGCAAAUAUGAGAAGGACUACCCACUGGCAGCAAGCUUCAUUCGCAAAAACUUCUAUGUGGAUGAUGGUCUUGUCAGCAUUGAUUCCAAUGAGAAAGCCAACAAGUUGAUUAAUGAAGCGAGAGAUGUUUUGGCCAAAGGAAAACUGCGAUUACACAAGUUUGUGUCCAAUAGCAGAGAAGUUUUGAAUGCAAUUCCAGAGAGUGAACGUGCCAGUGUAGUAAAGGAUGUUGAUCUGAACUACAAUGAGCUUCCAAUGCAGAGUGUACUGGGAGUAAAGUGGAACAUAGAGACUGAUACAUUCUCAUUUAAAGUCGACCUUACUGAAAAGGCUGCUACUCGAAGGGGAAUUCUAUCAGUGGUUGCAAGUGUGUACGACCCAUUAGGUUUUCUUGCUCCCUACGUCUUUGUUGGAAAAAGAGUGCUCCAAGAGAUGUGUAAACGAGGAGUAGGAUGGGAUGAACCUCUUCCCUCUGAUCUGAAGCCAAAGUGGGAUACAUGGCUCCAUGACUUGGAAAAUCUCCAAAGGAUUCGAAUACCAAGAUGCUUCAUUCCUGAAAAUAUGGGCAAAAUCCAGAAAAUUGAACUGCAUCAUUUUUCAGAUGCCAGCAGUGAAGGUUAUGGACAGUGUUCAUAUAUCAGGACUGUUGCUGAUGAGCAAGUGCAUUGUGCGCUGGUCAUGGGAAAGGCCAGAGUAGCCCCUACAAAGGUUUUCAGCAUACCACGCCUUGAGCUGACUGCAGCCACAGUUUCAGCAUCAGUAAGUCAUCUUCUUAGAGAAGAGCUAGAUCUGGAGAUAAAUGAGGAGUUUUUCUGGACGGAUUCCCAGAUAGUAUUAGGGUAUAUCAAGAACGAAGCCAGACGCUUUCAUGUUUUUGUGGCUAAUCGUGUCCAGAAAAUAAGAGACUCUACAGAUCCAAAGCAGUGGUUCUAUGUGGAAACCAAUCAAAAUCCAGCAGACUGUACAUCUAGGGGUUCCAAGGUGGCAGACCUAAUUGACUCAAGUUGGUUGAAAGGCCCAAAGUUUCUAUGGGAAAAGGAAAUUGUUACUCAUAAAACUUCACCAAAGCUUCUUGUAGGUGACCCUGAGGUAAAAGUCCUGAAAACAGAUGCCUGUGUAAGAGACAACUUUCUUGAAAGACUAACAAGAUUCUCAGAUUGGAAUACAGCAAUCAAUGCUAUAGCUAGAAUCAAAAGACUUGUGAAAAGAGACAGAUCAGGGUUCAUUAGUGUAGAGGAGAGAGAGAAAGCAGCUCUUGUGCUCAUCAAGGCAGCACAAAAAGAAGCCUUUGAAGAAGAACUGAAAUGUCUCAGUCAAAACCCUGCUAAGCUACCGAAAAAUAACAGGUUAUACCAACUUGAUCCUGUUCUCCAGAAUGAACUGCUCAGGGUUGGAGGUCGGUUAAGAAAGUCUAACGCAGCAUUGGAGUUGAAACAUCCAAUAAUUCUUCCUAAGGAAGGCAUUGUCACACAGCUGAUACUUGACUAUUGCCACAAGAAAAUUCAACAUCAAGGUCGAGGUCAAACCUUAAAUGAGCUCAGAUCCAGUGGAUAUUGGAUAAUGGGUGCAAGCAAUGUAGUGGCCAAAUACAUCAAAAAUUGUGUUACAUGCAGAAAGCUGCGCAGACCAGUUGAAGAACAGCGCAUGGCUGACCUUCCAGCUGACAGAGUAGAACCAUCACCCCCAUUCUUGUAUUCUGGUAUUGACUGUUUUGGCCCCUUCUACACGAAACAAGGUCGGAAAGAAUUCAAACGAUAUGGUCUGUUGUUUACGUGCCUGAGCUCCAGGGCUGUACAUUUAGAAAUGUUAGAAGAUCUCACUACUGAUGCAUUUCUGAAUGCUUUAAGAUGUUUCAUAGCAAUCAGAGGAGCCGUGCGACAGAUCAGAUCCGACCAAGGCACAAAUUUCGUGGGGGCAAGGAAUGAGCUGGAGAAAGGUUUGAAGGAUCUAGACCAAGAGAGGAUCUCUACCUAUCUUGCAAGCAAACAGUGUGAUUUCCUUAUGAAUGUUCCUGAAGCAAGCCACAUGGGAGGUGUGUGGGAACGCCAGAUAAGAACAGUAAGGAGUGUGAUGAAUGCUGUUCUGGCACAAGCUAAAGGAAGACUGGAUGACACCUCAUUGAGGACAUUCUUCUACGAGGCAAUGUUAAUCGUGAAUAAUCGUCCGCUUGCCACUAACACAAUAAAUGACCCAGAGAGUCUUGAGCCCUUGACUCCUAACCAUCUGCUUACGAUGAAGACAUCAGUGCCUCUGCCUCCUCCUGGCAAAUUUAUUCGUGAAGAUCUGUACGCUAGGAAAAGGUGGAGAAGAGUGCAAUACUUGUCAGAGCAGUUUUGGAGCAGGUGGCGUAAAGAAUACCUGGCCAACUUAAGCCUCAGACAACAAUGGCACAAAGCUAGAAGAAAUGUUCAAAUUGGAGAUGUAGUGAUUGUCAAAGAGGACAAUGUUCACAGAAAUGAAUGGAGGUUAGCUAGAGUUGUUGAGACAAGUGCAGAUGAUGAUGGGCUUGUAAGAAAGGUUAAACUCCAAAUGGGACAAAGUAAGUUAGGUAAAAAGGGUGAGAGAUUGACACAAAUAACUCUUUUGGAACGUCCAAUUCAAAAAAUAGUGGUAAUAGUUGAGAACAAUUCCUAAACUACGAGUAUACACACAGUUGUCUUAACAUACAGAGUAGUGUUGUUCAAAGAAAAUGAAAAUAACUCUUAUGUUGAAAGUGUUGAAAGAAGAAUGAAAGUUAACUGACAGCUUAUAGGAAAAUUACAGGCUUAAUUGAUUUCAGUUAAAAGGUAGUAAUUUCAUAAAUCCUUGUAAUUUUGGUGGCAGUGUAGCUGACACAGAAAAGGUUUAUUUCUUGCUGAAUAUUUUGUUACCCUUUUUAAAAAGUAUUUGUUUGUUUGUUACAAAUGUUGUUUAAUAAUUGAAUGUUUAUUUGAGUAUUGUAUAUGUUUAACAAUUGCCAAUAGUGACACCUACUGGUGAAAAUAUGUAGCAUUGUACGUAUGUAGGUCACGUGGUUUGAUAAGCUGCAUUGAGCAUUGGGAAAGCACGAGGUGAUCACGAAUGGAGAAGUGUAAGAUCGUAAGAAGUAAAAGAUUAAUAAGAUUGUUUGUUAAGAAGAUCUCUAAUGUCUCCUGAAUCCUGAUUGGAAAGCACACGUUUUUCACGGUUCUCAGAUGUUUGUGAUGACAAGGGGACAGACAUUAAAACUGAAAAUCUGAAUCUG